AGUCCAAACAUAUCAAGUGUAAUUUGUGAAGAAUACGUAAAAGAAAUAUCAUGCGUCUUUUGUUACUACUCGCCUUAAUAGGCCUUGUUGUGGUGACAAUGGCAAUACCACCUUUUCCGGAGAAUAAGUAUAAGCAACAACAAAUAACUCUGUAUGAUGUUGCCGAUGCUGGAGAUUUACAUUCCAAUGAAGCCGUACGUCUAGCUCGUCAUUGGGGCGGAGGAUGGGGAGGCGGCUGGGGUGGUGGAGGAUGGGGAGGUGGAUGGGGUGGUGGAUGGGGAGGAGGAGGAUGGGGUGGCGGAGGAUGGGGACAUGGUGGAUGGGGUCACGGUGGCUGGGGACAUGGCGGAUGGGGUGGUGGAUGGGGAUAA